AUGCGGAAAGGCGGCCAGCGGGAGAGGCGGAACCACCACGCAUGGAGGAGCCCUUCAGAGCAGCUGGUGGGCACCUGGGGCUGGGCGGGCGCUGGCGGUCUGUCGGGCAGCCCUCCGCCGCACACCCCCGAGGGCCGUUUUUCCAAAGGUGUCAGGAACGGGAAGGAGGUUUGCGAGAGGCAGUGCGCCCUGUUCGUGCGGCACAAGUGCGGCCAGCACCGGCCCUUCACCUGCUUCCACUGGCAUUUCCUCAACCAGCGGCGGCGCCGGCCGCUCCGCGGGCGCGACGGCACCUUCAACUACAGCCCCGACGUCUACUGCGCCAAGUACGACGAGGCCGGCGGCCUGUGCCCGGACGGCGACGCGUGUCCGUACCUGCACCGGACGACGGGGGACACGGAGCGCAAGUACCACCUGCGCUACUACAAGACGGGCACCGGCACCCACGGGACGGACGCCCGGGGCCACUGCGCGAGGAACGGGCCGCACUGCGCCUUCGCGCACGGCCCCCUGGACCUGCGGCCGCCCGUGUGCGACGUGCGGGAGCUGCAGGCCCAGGACGCGCUGCAGAGCGGCCCUCUGGGCGGGGGCGACGGCACCCCAGAGCUGCAGCCGGGGGUCCUGGCCAGCCAGGCCAUGAUUGAGAAGAUCCUGGGCGAGGACCCCCGGUGGCAAGGUGAGCCCGGCGGGCAGGCCUGUGCCGGGCCCGUGCCCGUGUGCGGCCCCGACGGGGCCCAGCCCGGCCCUCUCCGUGCCCUGAGCCCGUGUCCGGGCCCCCCACUGGCAGCGGGGCUGCCGUGUCUGGGCCCCCACUGCAGUAUCUACAAGUCCACCAAGUGCAAUGACAUGCGCCAGACCGGCCGCCGCCCACGGGGCCCCUUCUGUGCCUUUGCGCACGUGGAAAGGAGUCCAGGAGCAGCCGGCGACCGGGGUUGCCGGGACCUCGCCUCAACCUGCAGCACCGUGGCCAGCGGGCAGCCUGGACGUGUAAGUAGGCGUUGA